AUGGCAUUCUUUGGCGUUUUCAGAUGGUUUAUCCUCACCCUCGUCCUCAUGUUGGCCAUCUCGACGCUCGGAGUGGCUGGGCACUUCACCCAUCUUUUCCAUCGAAGCGGCGGGUACAUUCCUCUUGAGGGAUUAGCACUCGCUACCGCCGCGCUUACGGUUUUGACGCUGCCCAUCAUGCUCCUUUCUGACUUGAUUGCACGACGGGCCUUCUUUUCUCGAGUCAAUUGGGACCUCUUGUGGUUGUUUGUCCUAUGGGCUCUGUGGUUGUCAUCCGCCGCCCUUGCCACCCACAACCGUCUUGACCGCUUCUCAGGAAGUUGCCGCUUCCUCGCUUUCUCUGGCUCGACGAUCUGCAGAGAGUUGCGAGCCAUCGAAGGCCUUUCGUACGCCAGUUGGAUUUUGCUCAUGCUUUAUACCUUCGCCGUCUUCGUCUCCGCCAUUACCUCGCACUCUCGCGGACAUCGCGGUGUUUGGCAAUCCGCCUCGCGUGGUCUUCCAUACACUUCCGAGUUCGAUGGUCGUCAACGCGGCAACGUCGCCACGACGGCACCCACCACUGGUGCUCCUCCAAUGACCCAAACCCAGCCAGUCGUUUAA